AUGGGUUUUGAUGCAAUAUGCAAGAAAAGCAAAGAGCUUAGAGUUGUGAAAGAUAUGAAGAUGGGUGCAAUCUUUGGAAUUACUCUCAUUUUGCUUCUUAUGUUUGUCAACAACAUAGAGUCGAGACAUGAACCAGGAGAACGCUUGAGUAAUGUGGAAGGGAAAGAAGAUAGCGUUGAAGGCAAGCAACCUGAAAAUGAAAAACGGUUUGUCAAGGAUAUAGAACCAAGACCCAGUGCUACCUUUUAUCCAAAAGAGGCUGAAAAGAAAUCAUUUUUUAAAGACAUUGAGCCACGACCAAGUGCCACAUUUUACCCAAAUGAAAAUGUCAAUGUCAUACUUUUUGACAAAGAUAUCGAGCCACGACCAAGUGCCACGUUUUACCCAAAUGACAAUAUCAAAACCAUGCUUUUUGACAAAGAUAUUGGGCCACGACCAAGUGCCACAUUUUACCCAAAUGACAAUGUCAAAACCAUGCUUUUUGACAAAGAUGUUGAGCCACGACCAAGUGCCACAUUUUACCCAAAUGACAAUCUUAAAACCUUAGUUUUUGACAAAGAUAUCGAGCCACGACCAAGUGCCACAUUUUACCCAAAUGACAAUGUUAAAACCUUAGUUUUUGACAAAGAUAUCGAGCCACGACCAAGUGCCACAUUUUACCCAAAUGACAAUGUUAAAACCUUAGUUUUUGACAAAGAUAUCGAGCCACGACCAAGUGCCACAUUUUACCCAAAUGACAAUGUUAAAACCUUAGUUUUUGACAAAGAUAUCGAGCCACGACCAAGUGCCACAUUUUACCCAAAUGACAAUGUUAAAACCUUAGUUUUUGACAAAGAUAUCGAGCCACGACCAAGUGCCACAUUUUACCCAAAUGACAAUGUUAAAACCUUAGUUUUUGACAAAGAUAUCGAGCCACGACCAAGUGCCACAUUUUACCCAAAUGACAAUCUUAAAACCUUAGUUUUUGACAAAGAUAUCGAGCCACGACCAAGUGCCACUUUUUACCCCAAAGACAAUGUCAAGACUAUACUUUUUGACAAAGAUAUUGAGCUACGACCAAGUGCCUCCUUUUACCCAAAUGACAAUGUCAAGACUAUACUUUAUGAGAAAGAUAUUGAACCACGACCAGGUAUCUCAUUUUACCCAAAUGAUGAAAAAGUCAAGCUUUUUGUUAAAGAUAUUGAACCACGACCAAGCAUCUCAUCUUACCCAAGUACCACAACGUAUCCUCACGAUCACAACCCAAAAGUUUCCUCUACUGAUUGUCACGACGAAGCUGACAUACAGCUCCCACGAGCUUAA